AUGGGCUCUAUCACCGACACCGCUGCGCCGACGGCCACCACCAUCAGCCAGUGCAACGUCGCCGGCGGCGCGCAAUGCUGUGAGACCACCACGACUGCUGGGUCCGUUGCGGGUGCCGCCGCGCUUGCGGUCAUCGGCGUUGUUGUGGAGGACAUCUCGAACGUCAUCGGGAUCGGCUGCAGCCCUCUGACUGUCGGGCAGUCCUGCAGCUACUCCCCUGUGUGCUGCGAUGAGAAUGGCUUUGGCAAUCUCAUCUCCAUUGGCUGCGCUCCGAUCACCGUCUGA